ACAGUGUACCUGAGUACAUUACCGUAUGGCUGCAUUCCAGAUAAUCUCGUUGAUUUCUUCCAUCAAUUCCUGACACACGCCAACACACAAUGGUCAGAAUUGUGUAGCAAGGCUGGGGAGUGGUUGUCUCGGAGGCGCGAGGGCCAACUGAUGUCCCAAGGGAAAGACCCCCAGACGAUGGAUGACCUCGCAAAGGAUGCGCGGAAAUUGGCCGACCUUCGCCGUAGUCUGGCAAGUCAGAUCUCAGAGGCCAGGAUGUUUAUGAAUAAACCUUCCAUAAGACGCGAGCCAUAUGAAAGUCGAAAAAAGCUGCUCAAGUACUUAGAGGAAGAGUUUGAACCUGGCGUCACGAAGAGGUUGGACGAGCUGGAUCAGAUAGCCAGAGAUCUCCUUCAGAUUGUAAGU